AUGGCAAAGGCUCUUAAGAGACAACCAGAUUGGGUAUUGCAGAAACUUGGAUUAGAAAGAGGUUCCAUUCAAAGCCCUAAGUCAAAUAGGGUUGAAGAAGAGAAGAAAAAAGGUGAAGUCACUAGACUAACAACCCCUAGGUAUAGUCCCCCUCACAUGAGAAACUUAGAACAACCAUUUAAGGUAUAUGAUAAUCCAUUGUCUGAUGUUUUGGAUAAUAAUUAUGAAAAAAGGGAUAAAUGGAAAAAUACGCCCUACCAUGAAAAUAAAAACCAGUAUAAUUACAGACAAUACAAUAAUUAUAAUGGUGAAAGAAGAACUAACAGUGGGGAAAUUACUAGUAACUGGAAUAAUAGAGAUAGGAGCAACAAUGUAGGCAAUAAUGGAGGAAAUCAUGGUAAUAAUGGAAACUAUGGCAACAAUGGUAAUUGGGACAACCGAAAUGGAAAUAACAAUAAUGGUGGAGGUAAUAAUAGAAACAACGGUAAUAAUGGAGGAAAUAGAAAUUAUCAGAUUAACAACUAUGGUUGCAGACCACCUAUGACCAUUGAGAGGUAUAAACAAUUGGAUUUCAGUGGGAUAGUUGGAUAUCCAAAUCAGAUUGCAAACGAUUUAAGGACAUCUAUUCCUAAAUUCACAGGAAAUGGAAUUGAUUCUGUAGAGCAACAUCAAGCUUUUAAAACAACUAAUACCAUUGAAAAUAACAGAAAGGUUACUGGGAGAAUUUGCAAGAGAGAUGAUCCAAAAUUAUAUAAUCCUAGAACAACAAAAAAGGAUGAAUUUGGUCAAAUCAUGGACAUGCUAAAGGACAUGAAGGGUAAGCAAAAUCAUAAUGAAAAACUACCCCCAUAUAGAAGUAACAAGCCUAUAAGUCACAAUAGGCCAAGAUUGCAUGGCAUGCCAUAUAAUACAAAGUGGAAAGAUGGUAAACCGGUAAAUGCAAAUCUAAGCAAAGAAACUCUUGAUCCAUUGAAGAAGGUAAACAAUUUUGUUGAAGAAUAUCCAUGGUGUGAAGUAUGCAAUUUACCCCAUGUUGCAGAACAAUGUAUGAUUGCUCAAGGUUUUGCAUAA